AUGACGCGCGACCGGCAAACAUCCUUAUGCAUCUUGUUUGCACCUAUCCUCCUCGUGGCUGCAUGGGAUAGCACGGCUCAGGCCUACGCGGCAUCAAAUGGUAGUACCAGCAACAUUACAUCUUACGUUCAGACAUCCCUUGACUACAUGAAAGAGCAAGGACUGACUGUCGUCCGCACCUGGGGCUUUGGAACCACAUCCAGCACCAACCUUCAGAUCGCUCCUGGCCAAUAUAACGAGAGCGUCUUUGAGAGUCUGGACUACGUCAUCAGUGAAGCCGCAAAACGAAACAUAUAUUACAUCCAGUGGUGCGGUACACAAAGCAUGGACGAGUUCUUCACAAAAGAAGAGUGCAAGCAGCUUUACAAGAACCAUGUCCAGCAUUUCCUGACUCAUGUCAACGUGUUCAGCGGCAUCUCGUACCUCGAUGAUCCCACCAUUCUGGGAUGGAACCUCCUGAACGAGCCUAGGACGGACAACUGGUUUGGCUCGAACAAGUCGACGACCUGGGAGCAGAAGAUCCAAUUUGUCGACCUCUGGCUGACGUGCCACAUCAACGACGCAAAGCUUCUGGGCAAGCCGCUAAUCUACGAGGAGUUUGGGAAGGCGAUCACACCCAAGGAUGACAUCAGCGUGAAAGACACGUUCUUUCGGAACAUCUACUCCCGACUGCAGCAGUCGAUGCAAGAGGGAGGGCCGGUGCAAGGCUCCGCGUUUUGGGUCUUCGAAAGCCCAGGCAAGUAUCAUGAGCCUUGCAAUCACUGCAGAAAGCGGCUCCAGCUUUCUAUUCGAGUCCGCUCGUUUGAAUGCCUCUCUCCACAGUACGGAAACUUGGUGCUUGCAGCAAGCCUUUCCGAUACUUUACCUGGCCUUAGUUCGAAGCUGCAUCACUUCAGUUCGCCUUCCUCAGAACUACGCUCUUCGUCAACAGGUGGGCAGUACAACUACACUGUGCUGCCUGGAGACUCUACGAUGGGCAUCAUUGAAGCCCACACGUCCUACGUGGAUCAGCUGCAAAGCAGCAUCAAUGAAGGCGGCUGCUCACCUGUGCCGGCGACUCCUCCGACGCCCUCCGUUGACGCCCCCGCCCUUGCUCCAGCCCCCCAGUACUUCAACACGCCGCAAAGUGCACCAUCAGACCCGUCUCCAGGACCCGAUGCGAACUCCACCGGCCCUUCACCGAGUGCCCCAGAGCCAGCGCCAUCUCAAGCUCCGACUCCGCCGCCGUACUUGAUGGUCAUGAACGUCCCCUAG